AUCAGAGUGAACUAGAAUCGUAAUGGCGGCAGAAGUGACGCACUGCUCAUAAGUGGCUAUGCAAUUGUGACGUAUAAUUUUAAUGUAUAUAUAUUGAGUAUAUUGUUACUCGAGUACAUUUGUACUCAAAUUUGUAGUACUAUGUAACAAAUGUAAAAUCUAAAACUCAUCAAGUUGUUAAAAGGCAACAAAACAGACUGACAAAUUCUAAUUGUGCAAGAAUAUUUUAUAUAUUGGAGGUAUGGAUCCAGAGUUUCUUUCUAGAUUAAUUCCACAAAAUAAAGAGCAUGUACGUCCAGCGUGUAAGAAAUGUGGAUAUGCCGGACACCUUACAUAUCAGUGUCGUAAUUUUAUUAAGGUCGACCCAAAUAAAGAAAUAGUUCUAGAUGUUAGCAGUACUAGCUCUGACAGUGAUGAGAAUUAUGUCACUCCUCUGACUGAAUUACGCGAGAAGGAAUUGAAAAAGAAACUUCAGGAAGCUAAGAAGAAACACAAAGAAAAGAAGUAUAAGAAAAAAUCCAAGAAACGCAAGAGAUCAGAGGCAAGUGACAGCGAAUCAGACACGGAAGCUUCUAGUGAUGAAGACAAGAAACAUAAACAUAAAAAGAAAAAGAAGAAAUCUAAACAUAAAAGACACAAGAAACAUAGAAAAGACAAUUCAUCAGACACUAACAGCGAUAACAAAAGGAGAUAACAUGAGUCACUUACAACUGACCAAUAAUUCUAAAGUUUUGCUCAAAUCACCAUUAUCAUACACAUAAGUAAAAUUAUACAACUUGUAAAUAAACGAGAAUGAAUGAGAUUCCAUUUAUAUGAACUCUAUAUCAUUUCUAUGUAUGUAGAUACAACAAUUUAAAUGUAAAUUUACUGUCUAUAAAAUAAUAAAUGUUAUAUAUAAUUUUGUAUAUAAAAAUUA